AGUUUAUUUAAGUGGAUUAUAUGUAUUGCAUUUAUGCUUUGAAUGCAUCAUAUAUUUUUAUUAAUGUCUUUUUAUGUUGUCAUGCGGCAUUGAAUUCUUGCCAAUUUGGAAGCCACUCUGAGUCCCUUUUCGAGAUUGAGAUAGAGCAGGGGAGCUGCAUGAUGAAUGCCAUUGUGGUCCUUUGCCACUUCUGCGAGCUCCACGGCCCUCGCACGCUCUUUUGCACGGAGGUCUUGCACGCGCCUCUCCCUCAAGGCGCCGGGAGUGGAGACAGCCCUGGGCAAAGCGAACAGGCGGAAGAGGAGGAAGGUGGCAUCCAGAUGAGCAGCAGGAUCCGCUCCCACAGCCCUGCCGAGGGGGCCAGCGCCGACUCCAGCAGCCCCGGGCCCAAGAAGUCCGACAUGUGCGAGGGGUGCCGUUCUCUUCCGGCGGGACACCCGGGAUACGUCAGCCACGACAAGGAGACGUCCAUCAAGUACGUCAGCCAUCAGCACCCCAACCACCCCCAGCUCUUUAGCAUCGUGCGACAGGCCUGCGUCCGCAGCCUCAGCUGCGAGGUUUGCCCAGGACGGGAAGGCCCCAUCUUCUUUGGCGACGAACAGCAUGGCUUUGUGUUCAGCCACACUUUCUUCAUCAAGGACAGCUUGGCCCGGGGCUUCCAGCGCUGGUACAGCAUCAUCACCAUCAUGAUGGACCGCAUCUACCUCAUCAACUCCUGGCCCUUCUUGCUGGGCAAGAUCCGGGGCAUUAUCGACGAGCUGCAGGGCAAAGCGCUGAAGGUCUUUGAGGCAGAACAGUAUGGCUGCCCGCAGCGUGCACAGCGCAUGAACACGGCCUUCACCCCGUUUCUCCACCAACGGAAUGGGAACGCGGCUCGCUCGCUCACCUCCCUGACCAAUGACGAGAACCUGUGGGCAUGUCUCCAUACGUCCUUCGCUUGGCUCCUAAAAGCUUGCGGCAGCAGACUGACAGAGAAACUAUUGGAAGGGGCUCCCACAGAAGACACUCUGGUUCAGAUGGAGAAGCUGGCUGAUCUCGAGGAAGAAUCGGAAGGCUGGGACAACUCUGAGGAGGAAGAAGGGAAGCCUCCCAGCCAGGCAGAGGUCCAGGAGGGCCGGGAGCUGGUCAAGAGCCCCACGGACCCCGCUCUUUUGGUGGACGGCAGCGGGUGGCACUUGGCGCCCAAGGGUCAGCCGGUCUUCCGAUCCCUCCGGCACUUGAGACAGGUCUUGGGAGCCUCGCCUUUCCGCAUGUUGGCAUGGCAUGUGCUGAUGGGCAACCAGGUCAUCUGGAAGGCUCGGGAUCCGGACCUGGUCCAGUCUGCCUUCGAUGUCCUGCGGACCAUGCUUCCUGUCGGCUGUGUCCGAAUCAUCCCCUACAGCGAGAAAUACGAGGAGGCUUACCGGUGCAACUUCCUUGGCCUCAGUCCCCAUGUGCCAAUCCCUCCCCACAUAUUGUCUUCUGAAUUCGCCGUGCUCGUGGAAGUCCGCGCUGCCACUCGGUCCAGCCUCUAUCCCGUCUUGUUUGAUGAUGAACAGCCACUGAGCAAAUACGAAUUUGUGGUCACAAGUGGCAGCCCGGUAGCAACCGACAGAGUGGGUCCCACCAUCUUGAACAAGAUCGAAGCCGCCUUGACGAACCAGAACCUUUCCGUGGACGUUGUGGACCAGUGCCUUAUCUGCCUGAAGGAGGAGUGGAUGAAUAAAGUGAAGGUCCUCUUCAAGUUCACCAAAGUGGACAGCCGGCCCAAAGAGGACACCCAGAAGCUGCUGGGUGUCUUGGGUGCCGCCGAGGAGGACAACGUGAAGCUCUUGAAGUUCUGGAUCACGGGCCUCAGCAAGACCUACAAGUCGCACUUGAUGUCAACGGUGCGCAGCCCGACCUCGUCCGAGUCUCGGAACUAAAGCCGUCCAACCGUGUGCAUUUUCGGCCCAAUUGAGACUCACGGGAGUCCGCCGCGAUCCAGAUCCAGGACUCAGAGGGAGGACUCCACAUCCUGCUGCGGGCACAAAGACCAGGCGCUCUUCCAUUACGAAUCCCGGAUUGUAGCAGAUCGUGAGACAGAUAAGGCUUCUUCCCUUGGAUGUCCUGCUAAACAUGGAAUUUUCCUUGUCCCCCGUCUUGCUCAUAGAAUCCAGAUUAAGACAGAAAAGCGGGUUUAAAUUAUUUAUAACAGGUAUGGACAAACUUGGGCCCUCCGGGUGUUUGGGACUUCAACUCCCAGGAUUCCUAACUGCCUUAGGGCCCUUCUUUUUCCCCCUCAGCCAGUUAAGAUUUUAACUGCUUUCUUUUGAAAAUAAAAAUUAAAAGGUA